AGAUACAUUGCUGAUCUUUGGGUGGACGGAGAGAAUGAAUGAAGAAUGAAUGAAUGAAUGAAUUCCAAGGUGAAGAAGAAAAGUCCUUGUAGUCUAGUGUUGUCUGUUUGGUUUUUUCUUGCUUGAUGACCAGAGCCAAUUAGACCCUGUCUUUGGAAUCUGGGGCGGCAUUAUGCAAGGCAUGAUGCUAACAAUAAGAGCAACACAGACAGAAUAUGUCAGAUCAAAAGGGUAGGCUACUAGCUAGUAGCUAGACUAGCUAGACUAGCUAAGGUGUUGGUUGUUGGUUGGAAGAUUUGUUGUAGAUUUUGGCUUUUGGGUUUGCGCGUCCGUACACGUGGUAGCGGUAAAGGUACCGUACUAGUAGUACAUGUGGUUUCAUAAAAGACGCAGAGUGGCUCCAAGCGACACAAACCGUGGCGAUGAGCCAGUUUCUGGCGGCCACUUCCUUGUGCCUGUGUUUGCUGUGUUACGAUUGAUUACUGUACUGUACCGACGUGUCGAGUUAGUAGAUAGAGAAGCCUUUUGACUUUACUGGAUAUGUCCAAGAUCACAGCAGCCUGCUUGUUCGUCUCUGAACUGCAGCAAGAACAUUUAUUUGCGCGAGACAAGAGCCAAGACUGACUAGCUAGCUAGCUUGCUAUCAUAGUGGUUCCAGUAUUGGCGGCCAUCCAUCAUUGCAUUGUUUGUCCUCGUCGUGUACCGGUUCCCACAGCUUAAAGAAGGCUUUGGCGGGGAGAGAAAGAAGGCCACCAAGUUUUGGGGAAGCCAAGGUUUGCUGUGUUUGUGGUUGCGCACAUACCGUAGAGCUCCUCCUUGAAGGGUUGUCAGAACUCUUGGUUGUUGGGAGAAGAGAACACGCUGUUGAACCGAGCAGACAGAACGACAACCAGCCUCUACGACUAGCCCGCUACCUAGCUAGCUUUCUAGGAAGCUAGCAAGACCUAGACAAUUCACCGCACGAUUCGAUUCUACAAACUCCAACAAAGAGUCGACUCCUGUUGCAAAUCCAAGAUAGAUAGACAGAGAAAGGUCACCAAUUGUCUCAAUUUUGGGCAACCAGUGGCGUUCGUCUCUCGACACUGAAUUACACUCACCUUACGGCACGACAAUAAAUUUAAAGGGGUCUGCUGAGAUCACAUCACACUCACCUUACAGCACUCGGGAAGAGCAAUCGAAAAGAUGACAGACAAGGAGGACUCUGAUACAUCCCGGGCGAGCAGUCAAUCGUUUGCCAUCAAUCCACAACCCGAUGUGCGCUAUCGACCAAGCGCUGCUGCUGCUGCAAGACCUACGAAUGCCUAUCAAGCCGGAACGGACCAGCAAAACAGAACCACCACCAACAACAACAACAACACUGGCAACAACAGCAUUACAUCGUCCAACCGCAGCAAUCACAGCAACAAAUCUAAUAAGAAAAAGAAAAAGAAACGAUGGCGGUGGAUUGUCCGCAAACCACGCGAUUUGACACCCGAACAAGAACAAGUGUUCAUGACGAUGAAAUUACGAAAACUCAAUCGAGCAUUGACGGGAACCAAAACCAAACGAAGUCGCCUCGAUGUCUUUGUCUUGAUGGCCUACUUUGUACUGGCCGUGGGAGUCGUCAGUUACAGUUCGGCACCCAUGGCAGCUUCCACAACAAAUUCCACAGAGAAUGAUACAUCCACGGCACCCAUUAUUCAAUUGAAUUUACAAGACAUUCUCAUCAUGAUGAUCUAUGUCAUUGUCGUGACAUUUGUGACGUCUGUCUUUCGAGAAUCCAAAUGGAUCACGUUGAUCUAUUGGAUGGUCAUUUAUUUGCCACUCUGUGCCAUGAUUGUACAAUUCGUUGUGGGAAAUGAUGACACGACCAGUCUCGUCAAUUCCGUCGUGGCCAUUCUAUUGCUCGUUUCGGAAAUGACCGUACUGGUAGUCUUCCUCACACUCUACAAAAUAUACCCCAAGGUUGUCAUGAGCAGUUGGUUUCGACGAAAAUCACGAGCUGGGAUUUUCUGGCGCAUCAAGGUCGUUUCGGAUUGGACCAUGACGUAUGUGGGGAGCUGGGGGAAACGAUUCACUUGCAAAUACGAUGGAGAAACCAAUGCAACCGGGUUGCCACAUGGAUUUGGUAGAUGGCUCGAUGAUGCCUAUUCGGGGGAAGUCCUUACGGGAACGUGGAUCAAUGGAUUCCCCAUUGCGCCAUUUGCAUCGCGUCAUUAUGGAACCGGGGAUGCCUUCAAGGCAGUACGGGUAGGAUAUAUCAUGGCCAGUGAUGAUGAAUACACGACUACGAAAUUUUGGCCUUCCAACGACAAGCCACCGCGGAUUGGAUUGACCAGUGUCGAAUGCAGUAUUUCGGGAUCGUUCUACAAUGAAUUGCCAUUGGCGACGCACUUGUCGGGACCCCAUUGGUUGGAUCAAGAACAACAUUCCGUGGGGAAAUUGUGUCGACAGUUGACACAUGUCGACGAUGAAGAGGAACGAGUGCAUCAAAUUGUGCAAAUUAAAUCGAGUGAUCCACGGGGUGUGCAAGUACGAGGGCAUGUCUAUGGUCCCACGGGAGAAUCAUUUCACGCCGGAACCGAUAAAGUGGUGGUCAUGGUCGACAAGGAAACUGACGACGGAGAGACGGAAGAACAGGCACAACAACCCAACAACCGACCGCGAUUGACACCCCGACGAUCGCUCAAUUUCAUGCCACGAGCUUCGCGACAAUCGUUUCGACCCGAAAAAAUUAUUGUUUGCGACAAUGAAUCCGAGAGCGGUGACGAAUCGGAAAAACCAGUCGAGCUUGCCACGGUCGUCGAAGAAGACUCUCAGAACCUCCGGGGGGAAGAGAGUGCAGGUUUCAGCAACAAUAACAACAACAAAAACGACAACAACAACAGCAGCAGCAGAGUGGAAGACAACAGCGCGGUUUUCAGCAACAACAACGCUGUCGUGGAAACAUUCUCCAACGAACUGUUUGAAUUUUCCAGUGCGCACAGUCGGGAGGAGGAAAUACCCGAGCAAUCUGCUGCAUUCGAUCCACCCCCACCCAGCACCCCGCCGUUUCGAGCCAUUUCCAAUAGCUCGGGGAUGUCCAGCGCAUACAGUUCCUCGUCGGCAUUUGCCUUUGCGUCGCACGAUAUAGAAUUGAGCAUGGGAGGUGCCAGUGAACACUUGACCGAACAACACCGACGAUUGGAACCCUUUCGGUUGGUCAAUGCGUCUCUGCGGAUACAAGAUUGGAUUCCAGCUCCUCACAAGGAUGCCCUCAUUUUCUUUCCUGGGUACAAGGUGCCACUCAAGAACGCAUUGGAAGCAUUGGGACAGUUCAUUGCCAUGACGCGUCUCGAUUCUCGGGUGUACCCCAUCAUUUUUGGCUGGCCCUGUGGACAACGAUUCUCGUACCAUCUGGCGUCCCAACAAGCAGCCACGGAACCGAAUUACGAAAAUCUGUUGGCGUUGGUACAGGGACUUCAGUCGGCGGGAAUCCGGAAUGUGCAUUUCAUGAGCCAUUCCAUGGGAGUGCAAACACUCUUGGGGGGCUUUGCUGAUAAAGAAGACGGUUCGCCAAGUGACCUUUCGUUGUGUUUCCAACUCGACCCAGACUUUAUGGAUGAAGAAGAUUUGUCCUCGCGUAGUCACUCGGGUACCGGUGCGGCCCCCAAUGGCGAACAAAAGAUGAUUUGCCGGACCGUCACAAUGCUGAACCCCGAUUUUCCCUUGGAAGCCUUUGUGAAUCGAGCCUUUCGAUCUGUGCGGCGCCUUUGCAGCACCAUUACCAUCAUCGGGGACCGGCAGGACAAAGCCCUGUUGGUGAGUCAACUCUUUAAUGGGUUACGCGUCUACUUCGGUUACGAUCAGCCCGAGGUUCUGCAGCCCAGACCGAGUCGUGAUUGCGCAAGCCAUUCCGAACGGGAGGUAUACCAAGGAAAGCACCGGUUUCUGCAGCAAGUGAUUGGUUUGAGUAUCGAGUCAUUGUACUUCCCAUCCGACAUUGAUAAAGACAACGUCAAUGAUGCACUCCUGUUCAAGGAGCGCGCCCCUGUUAUUGUUUGCACCGAUGGUGAUGACGAAGAACAAGUCCAGGAUCGUGCCUGGUUGGAUGUGGAUGUGAUUGAUACGACGGGGCUGGAUACCAACAUUGCGGGCAUCAGGCACAGUGGCUUCAACUUGAAUCCGAUCCUGCUGAAGGAUCUGGAAGAGCUAAUUGCCACGGGACGACGAGCAGUAAGUCGGGCUACCUUGCUCUAUCGGGAAGGGAACAACUUCAGCUACUGUCAUGCGCCAUCGUAUGUGGCCAUGUGAAUAAGAAAAGGGUCGUUUUUGUUUUGUUGCAUGUGACAGUGGAACGCCAGCGUUGGCACGUGUGGGGAUUUUUGGUGACAGGCCUCGGACAGCAGCACACUCCCAUGAGGGAACUAGUCAAAGGAUUUUGGCAGAUAAAUUACGGUGCAGCAAUAGAAGAAUGUUCGUAUUAAACGAGGAGAAAAUCUCUUUCGU